AUCUCUUGAGACUUCACUUCAGCUUCACUGACUUCUUGACUCUCCUCUUGAGUAAAAGGACUCAGCCAACUAUGAAGUUUUUUGUCUUUGCUUUAAUCUUGGCUCUCAUGAUUUCCAUGACUAGAGCUGAUUCACAUGAAAAGAGACAUCAUGGGUAUAGAAGAAAAUUCCAUGAAAAGCAUCAUUCACAUCGAGAAUUUCCAUUUUAUGGGGACUAUGGAUCAAAUUAUCUGUAUGACAAUUGAUAUCCUUAGUAAUCAUGGGGCAUGAUUAUAGAGGUUUGACUGGCAAAUUCACUUUUUACUCAUUUAUUCUCAUUCAUCGUACCGCAUCACACUACCACUACUUUUUGAAGAAUUAUCAUAAGGCAAUGGAGAAUAAAAGAAAGACCAUGAUUUAGUGAAUUCUUUGUUUCAUGAUACUUCCCUUCCUAAUUAUCAUUUGAUUAGAUACUUGCAAUUUAAACUGUUAAGCUGUUUUCACUGCUGUUUCUGAGUAAUAGAAAUUCAUUCCUCUCCAAAAGCAAUAAAUUUCAAGCACAUUAUUA